AUGACGCGCAGACGAUUUAUUUCCCAAAUGGCUAGAAAAGAAAAUUGGCGACAAGAAGAGAUCUCUGCCCUUGUUGAUUGCGUGGCAGAUCGCAUUGAUAUAAUAAAAGGAAAAUUUUCCCCAUUUCUGACGACAGACAAAAAGGCUAAAGCCUGGGAUGAAGUGUUGGAGAGUGUAAAUGCCUGCAGCUUUACGCAGCGAGAUGUGAAAAGCAUUAAAAAGAAGUGGAUAGACAUUCAAAGCAAAACCAGAAAAAGAGAGGCAGAGAGGAGAAGAGACCAGAAGAAAACUGGGGGAGGUCCACCACCAGCAGACUUAAAACCAUGGGAAGAUAAGAUAAUUUCUGUCCUGGAUGAUAGCAUGGUGGUUGGGAUAGAAGGUGGUUUUGACACUAGUGAAUGUGGAAAUAAUGAAUUUCCUAGAGCCACAUCUCAUGAUGUCUCCAACUACAUAUCUGCACAUGCCUCCAAAACCAAGGAACUAGUUCCAGAGACUAUUCCUCCCUCAUUUGCUGGAGAUACUAGUAUGCCUCCUGACUGCUCCACAAAGUCAAGAAAAAGGAAGAUCACUAUGGAGACAGCAGAUAACCCCAAGGCAGAUAAUUUGCUUAAGAUUCAGAAAGAGAAACUGGAGCUGAAGAAAGAGCUACUUGAGAUAGAAAAGAAGAAGUUAGAUGUGCUGAAGGAGAUUUGUUUUGAAUUAAAAAGAAAAAAACUGUUGCUGCUCAUAUUCUUUUCAAACUCUUGA